AUGAUCAUCACACGCCAAUCAUCCAUACGCCUGCUUUUCUCGCUCCUAACAGUGAGUGUAACGCUGUCCAAGGGCCUACAUCUGCUUCAGCAUGCAUCUUCUAUCCCACGAGCCCAUUUUGUUAUUUACUUUCCGACAUUCUUCAUCCUUGAAACGCUGUUGUGUGUGAAUGCUUGGCUUCUGCUGUUUAAAUGUACCGGCUUGAAGUCUAUCCUGGGCACUGCCGUGACAGUGGGCACCACAUUCUUGAGUUAUAUCCUCUGCGCAUCUCAAAUUGGCUUUUAUUUAGUAACUGGCAACGAAAUCCGUUGGGACGCAGCGAAAGCGGCAGGGAGCGACCCCGAAGGAGUUGGACUGCUUCUCUCUGGAUUGAGGUCAUUUAUGGGGGCUGCGAGUCUUCUUCUGACCCUCUCAUGGCUACUCAAGAAUGGAGUAUAUUUUGUGAUGAAUCACUGGUUCUCUGCGUUAUUUAGCAGUCCAUCGAUCGAGACCGCAGACGCAGAGGGUCUUCUGCCCAGUUCCCCAAGGAAGGCUUCAGCUUCAAGCCCCAUUCGACUCUGGACUAUCAUGGCUGCGAUCACAGUCGCAACUCUGCGUCUGACUCGGCCACAGGUACCUUACAACCACAUGUCUGGCGCAAUUCCAUUUACCUUUUUCCAAGAGCUGCGUGCACAUCCUAAGCAGGGGCAACAAACUGGAGAACAUCCAUUUCCACUCGCAGCCCUAGUUGGAGAAGGCCACUUCAAAGUCUGGGCUCCAGGCACGUCAGAUUCCAAGUCAGAAUCAAGAGCUCCGCCUGCAUGGUCUUCUGGUCAUUUGCCAACAGGAUUUGAGCGGUGGGACGAGCGAAUGUCUGUCAAGCAGACGGGAGAAAAUGACACUCUCGGAACGACUACUCCCAGCUUUUAUAGCCCCAUGGAUGAUCCUUUGCGAAUCACGAAUCUCGACCAGGAAAUACUUGAGCCUUUGACUCGGGCUCUUAAAGACCACAAGGUCCCGAUCACCCAUGUUGUUCUUGUGUUGAUGGAGAGUGCUCGCAAAGACAUCUUUCCUCUCAGAGCCGGCUCACACUUGCACGAAGAGAUUCUGUCUUCUUAUAACACCCGUGACCCUAAAGUACUCCAGAGAGCCAAUGAAAAGCUGUCAAACCUCACACCAAUCGCAGAGAAAUUGACAGGUGAAUCUGGCGGGUUUAUGAAGUCCCAAAACAGCUCUCGACCUCAAGCUGCUGAAUGGGAAAAUACAGCAGCACCCGGAAUGGGCGGUAUCAACAUUGAUGGUAUUCUAACUGGCAGUACUUUGUCAUUUAAGAGUGCAGUAAUGAAUUACUGUGGCAUGGGGCCACUGCCAGUGGACUUUAUGGAUGAGGUUAAAGCAAAGAACUAUCAGCCGUGCAUCAUGCAGCUUUUUGACUUGUUCAAUCAACUCAAGGAGAAUUCGACAAAAAAUGACCCAAGCUUUCAGAGAUCACACGGCGGGCUCGAGUCUAUACAGGAUCGCAACUGGACUUCUGUGUUCUUGCAGUCUAUAACAGGACUGUAUGAUGACCAAGAUAAGCUCAAUGAAAAGAUGGGCUUCCACAAAUCAAUAUAUCGUGAGCAAAUUGAGGAAGAUGACGCCAAACACUUCCAUCCGGGAAUGGAGGAGAUCAAUUACUUCGGGUAUCCUGAGUAUGAGAUAUAUCCAUACCUGCGAGAUGUGGUCAACAAUACAAUCAGAAACAAUGAACGCCUUUUUCUGUCACAUUUUACAAGCACAACUCAUCACCCGUGGGGCACACCCAAGGAUUAUGCAGUCGAGCAAUAUUUUGCUGCCGGGGGUCUCAUGGCGAAACAUGAAGACACGAAUCAAUAUUUGAACGCUGUCCGAUACGUGGACACCUGGCUCGGGGAUAUGAUGAAGGUCCUUGAUGAGUUUGAAAUUGCAAACGAGACACUAGUCGUCUUUGUGGGAGACCAUGGCCAGGCAUUCAACGAAGAUGCCCCAGUAUCAGGAACCUACGAGAAUGGACAUAUCAGCAACUUCCGCAUCCCACUCCUGUUCCGACACCCUCUAUUACCCAAGCUUCAGAUAACAGCAAAUGCAACUUCCAUGUCAGUCGUGCCGACUAUCCUCGAUCUACUCGUGAGCACAGGCUCCUUGAACGAGAUGGACUCAACCGCAGCCCUCGACCUAAUGAACGAAUACGAGGGCCAGUCGCUUAUACGCCCGUACCAAGCCACUCACAAUGGCCGACAAGCCUGGAAUUUCGGCAUCGUCAACCCCGGCGGCACAAUGCUCAGCGUCGGAUCCGCGGCCGUCCCAUAUCGACUCAUAUUACCACUCAAUGAAGACUUCGAAUAUGUCUUUUCAAAUUUGGAGACCGACCCGAAUGAACUGACUCCAUUGCGAGGGUGGUCGCUGGAGGAGCUGAUCACCCGUGUACAACGAGUGCAUGGAGACAAAGCCGGAACGUGGCUAGCAGAUGCAGAAAAAGUGGGCAAGUAUUGGGUGGAAGAGCAAAAACGACGUUGGAACUACCAAUAA